GUUCACUGGUGCCUAUGGCAUCUAGAGGUGGGAAUCAUUCAGUAUUAUACUAAUGUCACCCCUCGCCGAGAUUCUCGACCUCUACUAGCUGGUGAUCAGGACAGGUUCACAGGACAGCCCACCCCAACCCCCAUCCCGAACGUGCAAGGAGGUCGACUAUUCAUCAUGCCCAGCCCCGGGGACCAACCAGCGCCGGAAAACGAGGGGCUCCGACCGUUGAACUUGGGGCUCACUUGGGCUUUGACUGCGUUGGCCGCCAUCGCUGUCGCUGCUCGGUUCGCCGUGCGUAAACGGGUUUCGAGAGCCUGGGGCCUCGAUGACUGGAUCAUGCUCCUCGCGAUGGUCCUCCAGCUCUUCUACCAGUCCAUAUUCACCUUGAUGUGCGCCUGGGGCCUGGGAAUCCCGUUCCAGGACCAGUCGCCGCUGCAGCAAAUGAUGCUUGAGAAAUGGGGCUACAUCUCCGCUUUCCCCAGCAUCUCGAUCUCCUUCACGGCCAGGAUUUCCAUCACGAUACUCCUCAUCCGCAUCUUCGGAUCCCGAAAGUGGUUCAGGUGGUACUUCAUCAGCUUCACCGCCACCCUGACCUUGGUCGGAGUCCUUAGCAUCAUCUUCCUCGCAGCCUCCUCUGAUCCGUGGGAGGGCCUUUGGGAUCACGAUCUUCCGGCGAGGCGGUUGGACCCCUGGGUUUACCAAGGCACCGCUAUCGCCGCACAAUUCCUUAACGCCAUAUCCGACUUCACUUACGUCCUCUUCCCGGUUCUUAUCAUUUGGACGCUUAACAUGCCCCUUCGCCGCAAGGUCGCCUUAUUGUUUCUUAUGGCGGCAUCACUCAUUACUAUGGGAGUUGUGCUUUUAAAGAUAGUUCUCAUCUUCAUCCGCUUGGGCGAUUUCGCCGCCCAGUCGCAGGACCUACAGCGCUACUUUCAAAGCUUGGUACAUCUGGUCGCCUGCUGCGAACAAUGCCUCGUUAUCAUUAUGGGCUGCGUGCCGACGCUGAAGCUUGUCGCGACGCUCAAGCUCCCUACCGUCAACGACAUAAGCUACUUCUUAUCCAGUCUUCUCUCCAGGGGCUCGGGAAGAAGUCGAGGAACCUCGGCAUACAAUACUGGCUCGGACUGGGAACUCGCUCCGAGAGUUUCGACACCGGCCGACGAGGCCACGAUGACCGCCCCCAAGAUAAUACAGAGAAAGGAGUUCACGAUAGCCUACAGUUAAGCAGCAGGAGUAGAAAUAAUUUAGAUGGGUGCGACACCGUGACGCAAGGGACAAUGAAGGUAUCGUGGGCAUCGUAGUGGGUGAGGCGUGAU